AUGCCUCUUUGGGUCGUCGUUGGAGGUGCAGAUAAAGGUGGUAUUUUGGUUCGGCGUGGUCAGGAGCUCUCCUCUGCAGCCUGCACUGAACGCUUGUCUACUGGCGCUGAGGUGGAGCAGUUGCACAUCACUGGCGAGCGCCUCCACUAUCGGCGUAUCUUGGGCAGUGGUCCUGAGGAAGGCUGGGUAAGUGUCCGAAUCAGCGGCAAAGAACUGCUCACAAAGAAAGAAGAGAAGGAAGCAGAGGAGAAGCCACAGGAAAUCAAAGCCGAAAGCAAACUGGUUUUGACAUUGCCAGUCAAAAGCAAGGAGGUAGUUGGGCCUUCUUCUGGCUACACCCAUCGAUGGGCCAUCAACAUCGAUGACUGGAAUCCGGCAGGAGGAUCUGAAGGCAGCGAAUUUCAGUUCCUGCUCCGCCUGAUCAAGGAAGAAAAUGAAAGGAAAGCCGUUUUGCGCUUCAAGUUUCUGGAUGAUCAGAAGCGAGCGCUGAUAUCGCGGCUUUUGGUGCGCCAAGCAAGUGCAUCUUCGCUGCAACUUGGCAGUUGGCAGUGA